GCAAAUCUUAUUUUGGGAUAUGUCAUUCCUGAUUAUUUCCCAUCGAUCUUUGGCCCAACUGAAGAUCAACCAUUAGAUAUCAAUGCAACAAGAAUUGAAUUUGAGAAACUCGCAAAACAAAUCAAUUCUUAUAGAAAGAACCAGGAUCCAACUGCGAAAGAUAUGACAGUGGAAGAGAUUGCACAAGGAUUUGUAAACGUUGCCAAUGAAACUAUGUGCCGUCCUAUACGACAGUUGACUGAGAUGAAGGGCCACGAGACAAAGAAUCAUGCACUUGCUUGCUUUGGAGGUGCUGGACCUCAACACGCUUGUUCAAUUGCUAGAGCAUUAGGUAUGAAGGAGGUACUAAUUCACAGGUUCUGUGGGAUUUUAAGUGCUUAUGGGAUGGGAAUGGCCGAUGUUGUGGAGGAGGCACAGGAGCCAUAUGCUUCAAUUUACGGUCCUGAAUCUGCGCUAGAGGCUUCAUACAGAGAAGCAACUUUAUUGAAGCAGGUAAAGCAAAAACUGCAAUUGCAAGGGUUUAAAGAGGAAAAUAUUACAACUGAAACAUAUUUAAACUUAAGGUACGAAGGAACGGACACUGCUAUCAUGGUUAAGUGCCCUAUCAAUGAAGAUGGGUUGGCAGGUGAUUAUGCCAUUGAAUUCAUGAAGUUAUUCCAACAAGAGUAUGGAUUUAAACUUGAGAACAGGAAUAUUUUAAUAUCGGAUGUGAGGGUUCGUGGGAUUGGAGUGACGAACAUAUUGAAACCCUGUGCUCUAGAACCUGCCUCAUUGGAUGCUAAAGUUGAACGUUACUACAAGGUCUAUUUUGCGAAUGAAUGGCAUGAUACGCCUUUGUUCAGGCUUGAGGAUCUUGCAUAUGGUCACUUGAUACUUGGUCCUGCUGUAAUUAUGAAUGGCAAUAGCACUGUGAUAGUAGAACCUAAUUGUAAAGCUACCAUCACAAAAUAUGGUAAUGUCAAGAUCGAAAUCGGGUCAAUUCAUUGCACUGUGAAAAUUUCAAAUGAAGUUGCAGAUGUUGUCCAGCUCUCAAUCUUCAAUAACCGAUUCAUGGGAAUAGCUGAACAGAUGGGUCGCACCCUUCAGAGAACUUCUAUAUCAACAAAUAUUAAAGAACGGCUAGAUUUCUCCUGUGCUCUUUUUGGCCCUGAUGGGGGUUUAGUUGCAAAUGCACCGCAUGUUCCCGUGCACUUAGGAGCUAUGUCAAGCACGGUUAAAUGGCAGCUGAACUAUUGGAGCGACAAUAUGAACGAAGGAGAUGUUUUGGUUACCAAUCAUCCUUCUGCCGGAGGCAGUCAUCUUCCCGAUAUUACUGUUAUUACACCCGUUUUCGAUAAAGGGAACCUGGUAUUUUUCGUUGCAAGUCGAGGGCAUCAUGCCGAGAUUGGAGGUAUUACUCCUGGGAGCAUGCCGCCUUUCUCAAAGUCAAUAUGGGAGGAAGGAGCUGCAAUAAAGGCAUUCAAGCUUGUGGAGAAGGGACAUUUUCAAGAAGAAGGGAUUACCAAACUUCUACGGUUCCCCUGUUCUGAUGAAUCAUCUUUUAACAUCCCGGGAACUCGCAGGCUUCAAGAUAAUUUAUCAGAUCUUCAUGCGCAAGUAGCUGCAAAUCAAAGAGGAAUUUCACUUAUCAAGGAGCUUAUCGAGCAAUAUGGCUUGGAUACUGUCCAGUCAUACAUGAAUCAUGUGCAGUUUAAUGCAGAAGAAGCAGUGAGGGAAAUGCUCAAAUCUGUUGCUGCUAGAGUUUCUUCCAAUUUCACCAAGGGUGGAGAGGGAGAUUUAGUGAUCAUCGAAGAGGAAGAUUUCAUGGACGACGGAUCUGUUAUACACUUAAAACUUAAGAUCGAUCCUAAGAAAGGAGAAGCAUCUUUUGAUUUUUCUGGGACGAGCCCUGAAGUUUACGGGAACUGGAAUGCACCUGAGGCAGUGACAUCUGCAGCAGUCAUAUACUGCCUGCGUUGUCUGGUGGACGUUGAUAUUCCCCUCAAUCAAGGAUGCUUGGCUCCUGUAAAUAUAUAUAUUCCUCCCGGUUCUUUUCUGUCUCCAAGUGAUCGGGCUGCGGUCGUGGGAGGUAACGUUCUCACAUCUCAGAGAAUAACGGAUGUUAUUCUUACAGCAUUUCAGGCUUGUGCUUGUUCACAGGGUUGCAUGAAUAAUUUAACCUUUGGAGAUAAUACAUUUGGCUACUACGAGACAAUUGGUGGUGGAAGUGGGGCCGGCCCUAACUGGGACGGUACCAGUGGAGUCCAGUGCCACAUGACCAAUACUCGUAUGACUGAUCCUGAGAUUUUUGAGCAGAGAUAUCCAGUUCUAUUGCAUAAAUUCGGGUUGAGGCAGAAUAGUGGAGGUGCUGGGUGUCAUAAAGGCGGUGAAGGACUCAUUCGGGAGAUACAAUUCAAACGCCCCGUAGUUGUUAGUAUUCUUUCAGAAAGGCGUGUACAUGCCCCGAGAGGACUGAAUGGAGGAAAAGAUGGGGCUCGGGGUGCUAAUUACCUUAUUACUAACGAUAAGCGCAAGAUAUAUCUUGGAGGAAAAAACACGGUCGAGGUGCAGGCUGGGGAAAUACUUCAGAUUUUAACUCCUGGAGGUGGCGGAUGGGGUUCAAAUUGAUUUGGCUCAUCCGCCUUUUUCUUGGAAAGUUCGAAUACCUGUAAGAAGUGCCUUCAGCCACCC